GGCCCGGCCGGCUCGCCGUGACAGCCCGGCCCAGCAGCCCGCUCGCCUCGCCGCGGCCGGCCGAAGCCCUUCCUGCGGAGGAAACAUGUCCAAGAUGCCGGCCAAGAAGAAGAGCUGCUUCCAGAUCACCAGCGUGACCACGGCGCAGGUGGCCAGCAGCAUCACCGAGGACACCGAGAGCCUGGAUGACCCGGAUGAGUCCCGCACCGAGGACGUGUCUUCUGAAAUCUUUGAUGUUUCCCGAGCCACCGACUACGGCCCCGAGGACGUCUGCGAGCGGAGCUCCUCCGAAGAGACUCUCAACAACGUGGGCGAGGCCGAAACUCCCAGCAGCGUCUCUCCCAAUCUCGUUCUGGACGGGCAGCUGGCUGUGGCUGCCGCUGGGGCGGCUGCACCCCCCCCCCCCCCCCCUGUGGCUGCCGCUGGGGCGGCUGCAGGCCCCAACGGGGGGGCCGUGCCCAAAAGUUCGGCUGUGCCCCUGCCAGCUGUUGCCCCCGGCACUGUUGUGGGGGGAGGCAGCAGUGCUCAGGCUGCCGUGCCCUCCGCUGCCCCCGGGGCCAUGUCUCAGACGGCGGCUGCCGCGUGCAGCUCACGCUUCAGGGUGAUCAAGCUGGACCACGGUACCGGGGAGCCCUACAGGCGAGGCCGAUGGACGUGUAUGGAGUACUAUGACCGGGACUCGGACGGUGGUGCUGUCCUGGGCAGGACUGGAGAUUGCAUUAGGCACAGCAGCACCUUCGAACAGGCUGCUCAAGAGAGGGACAGUGGCCUCGGUGCCACGGGAGGUUCUGUUGUGAUCUCGGCUGUGCCAGUGUCAGCCCAUGGCCCCGAUUCUAUAGCUGACAGCUCCCUGGCUGCUGUGUCACAGCUGCUUCAGACAGAGAAAAUGAACCAGUCCUCUCUACAGCAACCUAGUUUUGUCAUUGGGCAACAGCAGCAGCCGCAGCAGCCCGUAGGUGGGGCCGUGCCUCAGAGUGCUGCUCAGCCUGUGUUUUCUGGGGCUUCGGGAGCAAGUCAGCAGAUGAUAGUGCCGCAGCAGCCACAGCCACAGGUAAACCCACAGGGUGUUACGCAGGCCGGACCCAACGGGAAAGGCAUGGCACCUCCAAAUGUGACAGUAGGGCAGUCAAGCAUUCCUGUGGCCCAGCAGCAGGUGCAGCAGGCAAGCAUACCAGUGACUCAGCCUCAACAAUUUGCUUAUUCUCAGUCCCAGAUUCCACCAGUGCAUCUACUGCCGACGCAGCCUCCUGGACAGGCUGAAUACAUGCAGCACAUGACAAUUAUGCAGUCUCAAGGAGCUAUUCAGCAGGCUGCUACGAGCUCUGCUCCAAGUACUGUGGCCUCCAGCCUCCCCGUGGGGCAGGUGGGGGGCCAGAACGCGUCCCCCGUGGGAGCGGCGGUGCUGGGGGCGGCGGCGCAGCCCGGCGAAGCGGCCGCACCGGGAGCGGGGCUGCUGCAGAGCGGCCAGGCACCAGUCAGCCAGCCUGGCAUCCCCAGCCAGCCUGCCAUCCCUCAGCCGGGCAGCGUGGUGCAGCCAGGCCUUGGGCACUCGGGGGUUGUGCAGCAGAAAUCUGUGGCUCAGCACCCGAUGGGGGGAAGCGGCCAAGUGUCGGCAAUGCCUGGCGCUCCCCAUGCCGUGCUCCCUGGAGUUCAGAGCGUGCCUGCGGCCGUGCCUGGUACAAGUGUGCCUAGUGUGUCCACCACCACUUCUGUUACCAUGCCAAACGUCCCUGUUACGCUGGUGCAGUCCCAGCUGACGAGCCACCCUUCUGCCAGCAGAAGCCCUGGCGCGGUCCCGUCGCAGCACGUCGCCCACUCGAUGAUGCAAGGUGCGCCCAGUGCGCCCGCCAGUCUGCCUCAGGCCAGCCUCGGACAGUUUCAGACCCAGGCCCAGUCCUUAGCAGGCCAGAUCGAUGAUACUAGAAGAAAAUCGGAACCCCUACCUCAGCCACCACUUUCUCUUAUAGCUGAAAAUAAACCUCUUGUGAAGCCUCCCAUACCAGACACUCUAGCAAAUCCUCUUCAGUUACCUGCAAGUACUCCAAUGAACAGUCUUGCUAGCUCUGUUUUUGGCAUAUCCAUUCCUGUUGAUGGUGAUGAAGACAGGAAUCCGUCAGCUGCAUUCUACCAAGCGUUCCAUUUCAGCAAGUUUCAGGAGUCAAAGGCCACCGGGGAUAGCGCGUCUGGUGCAAGUGUUGUUGCCAUUGACAACAAAAUAGAACAGGCAAUGGAUCUGGUGAAAAGCCAUUUGAUGUACGCAGUGAGAGAAGAAGUGGAGGUCCUGAAGGAACAAAUAAAAGAGCUGGUGGAAAGGAACUCUUUACUUGAACGGGAGAACGCGCUGCUGAAGUCGCUGUCCAACACGGAGCAGCUGUCGCAGCUGUCGCAGCAGGGCCCCGCGCAGCCGCCGCCCGCGCAGCCGCCGCAGCCCAACGUGUCCUCGGCCUGAGCCCGAGCCGAGCCAGCGGCCGCGCUCUCGUCCUCGGCCUUGUCAGUAUUAGACAAUCACCCGGCAGAGCCGGGCCCGGGCUGCUCCGGCCGCGCCCGGCGCCGCCGCUGCUGCCGGAGCCUCCCGGGCUCUGCGCUGGGCCGGCUCGUUCCUCUGCUCCUGGGCUGCUCGCAGCCCUGCUGGCUGCUAAGGAGCAACAAUUCCUCUUCAGAGCCACUCUUCUUUUCUUAUAAGUAACAUUUGCCUAUGUUAGUUUCAUUUAUUUGUUUUAUUUAUUACAGGGCUGCUAUUUUCAUAAUGUACAUGAACAAUGUCACAGAACUUUUGAAUUUUUUUUUAAAAUAAAUGUCUGUAUGGGUAAAAUGAUAGAUGGGAUUGCGUUAAUAGAUACAAUGUCUAGGCAAUAAUUGAACAAAGAAUCCUGGCAUAUUUCUAACACUAAUGGCAAUUGACCUUUGGUAUUUAUUUACGGUAGUAAAGAUCCAGCUUGAAUGUAAAUUUUGUAUAGAGUGUAAGUAUGAAGACCAUAGUGCAUCUGUACAGGUAGUCACCAGUCCUUGUGAUAUAAUAAAUAAGUGAUGGGCUAUUUUGAUGAAGAAAACUUUGCUCAUUUCUGUUUCUACUUUCUAAUAGAGAGAAAGGGGCCAUGAUUCCUCUGCUUUUUGACAUUUCGUUUUUGGUUUGGUUUUUUGGGUGGGAAUAAAAAGCUGUGAAAUUGUUCAACCUACUUUGUAACCAAAGAAGCAAAGCUGUAUAAUUGAGUUGGUUGUUGGUUUUUCCUUUUGUUUUGUUUUGUUGUUUUUUUUUUUUAUUUUAUAAUGCACAUUCUUUAUGUAUUUUUUAUUUAGUGUUUUCUCAUUCACAACUUUCUUUGCUGUCUCGCAUGAUCUGCAUGACCUGUAAUCUUUGAACCACUUCCGUACCUCAUGUUUUUAUCCAGCACUCUUAGUGUAAUAUGUACUAGUCUGUGAACAAUGUCAAUAAAGAGAAAGAACAGCUGGUGUUGGUGGAGCUAAGCUAGUGUGCUAGGCACUAGUUGUUAAAACAAAUAAAUGAAGUGAGCCAUCUUUUGUUCAUUUAAAAUGGUGUUUUGAAUUUCGUAUGCAGAAAACAUUUUGUUACAUUGCAGAUUUAAUGUAUUUAAUAAAUGCAACAUGCAGAUUAAAUGCAGUGUAUACCGAGUAUUUAAAUUAAAAAUGUACAUUUCAUAAAUACAGUUUCAAGAAAGACCAUCAUUUGUGUAAACUAAUG